AGAGGUGAAAUAUCACGACCACAAGAUGGAAACUGAGUCUGGUGGAGAAACUCUGCUGCCGUGGGAAAUCAUAAUCAUCACGGAGGAGACGUGAAGCGGAAGUUCCCGCGGAGAGAAACUGAAAGCGACUGCGGCUUCUGACGCUCAUUCAUCAGAAGAGAUCGGUGACAUUUCACCGUGUUUCAGCUCCAUCAUGGAGGACAGAGAGACGGAUUCUCCUCCACACGGGGAGAUUUUGACUCUAACGAGUCAAAUCCGAAAGGUGUGUGACGUCAUCCAGGUACGCGGAGACUGAGAAGCCGCGUGUGGAAAAUGAAAUGGUGCUACAAUAUAAAUGAAGCGCUGCAGGUCUGCUCCAACACAACACCAGGACACAUCCCAGUCUGCUCCUGACAAACAGCUCCUGGAUCAGUGUGAAGAUGCUCAGCAGGAUCUUGUUGGUGUGCCUGUCUCUCAGUGUGAACAGUGCAGCCUCCUCGCUCAGCUGCAGAUGGAUCACGGAUGAGAAAUUCAGACAGCACAGUGAAAACUAUCUGCAGCUGCUGGAUACGAUGGCUAAUAACUCCACUAACAGCACUGAGGAUGAUGAAGUGAAGAACACCUUCCCUGAACAUCUGUACAGCCAGGCGUCCAAAGCAUCAGCUGAGGAUAAACUUGCCUUCACAGCUCAGGUUCUGAAUGAGACGUCUGUCCUGUUUGAGGAGGAUCACAGCUCGGCAUCAUGGGAGGAGAACACAGUGGAGAACUUUGUCAUCGUUGUGACCCAGCAGGCGGACGAGCUUCGCUCCUGUAUCGGGAGCCACGGACACAAGAAGAAGAACAAGAAGCUGCACAUGUACUUCCAGAGACUGUCCAGCCACGUCCUCCAGAGAAUGGGCCACAGUGCUGAAGCCUGGGAGCUGAUCAGGAAGGAAGUCCAAUUCCAUCUGAUGAGGGCAAACCAGCUGGUUACAUCUGCAACCAGAACCAACUGAAACCUGUCACAUCAACCAUC